GACUUCUUGAUUUUCAAGCUGUAGUGAUUGAAGAUUUUUGAGUUACGAGUGUUUUAAAACAAUUAUUUCAAAGGUUUUUAACUAUGGGGUAUAUUUUAGUAAUGUGGAAUAAGUGAAUUAUAGUGUGGUGGGUAAAAUGGCUCCAGUUUCCUUGAACAACAGCUGAUUCAGUUGGUACCUUUGCAGCCAAAGUUUUUUUUUACUCCAAAAUUGUUUUUAUUUUUUAAUUUUUUAAACCUUCUGUCAAAAUGCAGCAGGCAACUGACACCACAACGUGCCCCAUUUGCACAUUGUAUCUUAGGCCAGGCAUCACUUUAAAACAACAUUUAACCAGUCAUCCUAAACAAAAAGUGAUAGACGCACUGGUGAAAUUGUCCUUCUUAGAUGAUGCUCAGAAGGUACAUAAUUCUCAAAAUCCUGAAAAUGGCGUUGCAGAAGCAAUACCUCAGAAUCAAACAUCAGUUCCUCAAAUGUCGCCCUUCAUGAACCAAGUGACAGUGGGACACCCUACAAAUAUGGCCCUUCCGGGAGUUCCAGGCAAUCACUUUUUCAUGUAUCAGCAAAGUAUGAGUACUUCUUCGCCUCAUCAAACUAGCAUAGCUCCAUUCAAUCCUUUUACACAGCAAUAUUUGGUACCAGCCGUUUAUAAUCCUCAAAUGAUGCCUUACUUUUAUCAACAACAACAAUUCAUAAUGGCCAGUAAUGGCAUGUCCCCCCAUGUAAGGGCAUUGCCUUUUGAAAUCUCAAAUUCACUGCAGAUAAAUGGAGCAGCUUCAAUAAGCAGACAUUCUGAUCUUCCAGUUAAUGCUAGUAGAGAAAAAGAAGUUGAAAAAACUGAGGAAAUAGUAGAUAAAGACGUGGAAAAAGAGAAGGACCCACUAACAACAGAAGCUACUAGUGAAAUUACAGAAGAUAGUAUGAGUGAAAUUGAACUUGAUGAGCCAGAAUUGAUUCCAUCCAAAAUUGAAGUUGAAACAGCACACAUUUCAGAAGAAGAAGAUCCACUAAGUGGCAGUGAUAGUCACGAAGAUGACACGGACUCAGUAUACAAAGUGGAACAAGAACCAGAAAGACCCGAAAGUACUUUUUCACGCCGAUCUUCUGAGCACUAUUUUCAUUCACAAAAUGAUAAUAGUUCUCAUUAUCACACACAAUUUGUUGAUCAUGAAGAAUGCGUGCAAGCGCCGAUAUCGCAUGCUUCUAAUUCUGGUUGGACUUUUAGUCAGGACUUGAAUAAAGCCUGCCAGACUCAGAAUAGUACAAAUCUAUCACCAAGAUCAAUGCCACACAAUGAAGAACCUAUUGAACCCAGAAACGACUACUUUUUCGUGGAUCAAAGAAGCAACAUGUCCAACGUAUACACAUCUGAAGAGCAUCAUUCAUCUUUUGAACAGUCUGAACCUAUUUACACGUCUGCUAACAUAAUAAACAACACAGACGCCAUGGAAUUUAUGACCAUGGACGAAAUUGAAGGCAUGCAAGUGAUUAUUGGCGAUUUUUCCAGUUCUUCUCACAAUUUUGAAAAUCUUCAAGACAAUGCCCCAAUUUUGGUGAACAUCAAUGGAAAUUUGGUGGUUUCACCAAGGCAUCACACCCAGAGUGAAACAAAUGUUGAAAUUUUGGAUCAUAAAGUUUUAGCUAAUCAGAAUGAAGAUGUUAAUAUUAGAUCAGAUGAGAAAAUGCCUGCAAGAGGAGAACUAUCAGGACAAGAAAGUAUGGGAAGUACAAGUGACAUUACCUGGAACCAACUUCAGCAUUAUCAAGAGCCAGGCAGUGUGGGUUGCUAUGACAAUAAUUCUUGGGAUAGCAGUGAGGAAGCUAUGCCAUUUAUUGAGGAACAUGACAGUAAACUAAAUAUAGCUACAGUGGACAUAGAUCCAUUGAAAGUGGAAGAACCAAAAGAAAGCAACUCAACAAUAACAUCAGAAAAAUCUAUUCUACCUUGUAGACCUAUUGGAUUGGAUAUUAAUAAAAAGAAAGUCAAGAAAUUGAUUAUUAAGCCAAAGAAACCAAAAAAAGAGACUAAUUUUGACAAUGUGUUCACUAGUAGACUAAAGGUUGAGAAUGAAGAGGAUGUGGAUAAUAUGGGAUUAGAAAACAAAGAAGAAAUAAAAGAAGAACCAAAAAUUUCAGUAAUAAUUUCCUGUGUAAACUGCAAUAUAGCAUUUAGGACUAAAAAAGAAUUAAUGAUGCAUAAUAGAGAAUUUCACAAAACAAUAAGAAUGAAAGUGACCAAAUGCCAAGUAUGUGAAGAAGUUUUCGAUAUGGAACACAAAUUUAACGAGCAUCUUAAAAUACAUCCUUUAGAGUGUCGAAUGUGCGGAAAAUUAUUUUACAGGAGACAAGGCCUCAAAUUGCACAUGGCACGACAUUUGGGAAUUAAACCUUUCAAAUGUGACCUCUGUGAUAAGGCCUUUUUAGUGAAGCAAAAAUUGGAAGAGCAUAGAAAUUGUCACACUGGUAAUUCUCCUAUUAAAUGCUCAAUGUGUACUGAAUCUUUUAAAAGGCAUUCAAACUUGGUUCAGCAUAGAAAUAAACAUCAUUUUAUGAUAAAACGUAAAAUUAAGGACUACAUUUGCUUUUGUGGUGAGGUGUUCCACUCAAAAAAAAAAUUGGCCUGGCACAAGGAAAUUCACGAUGCCAAACCGAAAGCGUGCACUCAGUGUAGCGAGAAAUUUAUACAUAUGGCUAGUUUGACACGACAUAUGAGGAGGGCUCAUAAUGCUGAAUAUUUGCCUGACAGUAGAGAUCCAUCUUUGUCAAACGCAGAAUGUCACGUAUGCAAGGGAAUUUACCUAAAAUCAUCUCUGGAUGCUCACCUUAAAACUCACACCAACCUAAAACCGUUCACUUGUCCGAUUUGCAACAAAACAUUCUCAACUAAAUGGAAUCUAAAGUCGCACAGAUGGACUCACGCGUCCCGCACCCAAAAACCGUUCAAGUGCGAGCAGUGUAAACGAGCUUACAUUCGCGAAACUGAUUAUAUUUCUCAUUUAAAUUCGCACAAGAGCUUGAGGCCCUACACUUGCAACUAUUGUGGGGCCCAGUUUAUUAGAAAAUCAAAUUGUCAGAGGCACGUGAAGGAGCACGAAAACGCUAAGACCUACAGUUGCAAUGUAUGUGAUAAAUCAUUUCAUCGUUCUUACUAUUUAAAAGAUCAUAUGCGAGUGCAUAGUGGGGUAAGACCAUAUUCAUGUCAUAUUUGUGGUAAGACUUCGACAACAAAGUCUAAUCACAAUAAACACGUGCAAAUUCAUCAUGCCAGAGAACCAGUGAGCACUGAGAAUUAGGCCAAUUUUUUAUACAUAAUUUUUUUUUAGGUACCUAUUUUAAGAAACUUUUUACCCAUGCCCACCCACACUUUGUAGUUAGAAGAUUUUAUGCAUUAUUUUAUUUUUUUAUCGCAGCCAAAGGCUAAGUAACUAAGAGACCCAAUAUUUGCCAGCUGGAGUGUAUCAAGAACAUGCAUUACUACGCCUCCCAGUUUUAAACUAACCUAAGUUUUACGCUUCAGAUCGAUCCCACAGGAAUUGUGCAUUUUGCCAGAGUAAAAAGAGAUCGGUUCCGCGGUUCCGAGUCCAUGAACAACGAACAAACAAACAAACAUGGAUUUUUAUAUAUGUGAUAGUGAUAUAUACUUUAUUUAUUUAUUUAUUUAUUUAUUCAUCAACGGGAAUAUUCCAAUUUUACAAAAAAUAGAUCUAAGAAUAAAAUGUUGAAAAAAAUUCAAAUACACAAUAUAUGACAAACAAAUUAUAAAAUACAAACUACAUUUACACCAAUCAUAAAAAUAACAAUGGAACAUCAAAAUUUGAUGUUCCAUUGUUAUAUUUUAGUGAUUUGAUGAUCAAAUCACUAAAAUAUGUAGGUUAGGUACCUAAUCUAUUGAUUAUUAAGCGCCGCCCUAAGGAAGUACAAGGAAACAAGUCAUUUCUCAAUUCAUUUGCAUGAGACAUCAUUCUAUUUAUGGAUAAGAAUUGACCAUAAUUGGUGCGAUUGUUUUCAAUACUAAAUGUAUUCACAACUCCAAGUGAUCUAGCAGGAGUAUGAAUAUGAACAAGUUACAGGAGGUCACUACAAUCUAUAUUGUUAUUUAGUAUUUCAUAAAUAAAUACUUUAUCAAAAUUAAUUCUCCUUUUUAUUCAAAAACUCUAUAUUCAGCAUGUUCAGAAGAUCAUAAGUAUUUAUGUUUCAACAUCAAGUCCCAAUCUGAAUCUAUUGUGACACAAAAAUUUGCGCUGCACUCUUUCUAGUCUAUCUCUAUGACACUGAUAGUAUGGUGGCCAUACAUAAGUAUUAUUCUCCAGUUGAGAUCUAAAGAAACACAUACAAAGUUUUGAGAGCAAAUACAUUUUUGAAAUCUUUGGUAUGUCUUUUUACAAAAUCUAACAUUUUCAGAGCUUUAUUACAAAUAUAAUCAAUAUGAUCCACAAAAGUUAGCUUGUGGUCAAACACAAUUCCUAGUACUAUUGAAAAGGAGCCCGACUGUAGUAAUAGUAUAUUACAUGCAGAGGUGGAAAGUGUUUCAUUAUUGUCGAGAGGUACUAUGGCCGAGGUGCGAAGCGCCGAGGUCAACCAAUUCUCGAAACAAUAUAUGUGAAAACUUUCCAGCGAAAUAUCUAUACUAUUUUAUUUUGAACCAUUAAUUUAUUGGAAAAAAAAUGGUAAAAAUAUGACAAAAAUGGAAUUUCGACACUCUGAUCACAGAUUAACUCUGACACCGACAUUGACAUCUUAUGAAAUUUCAACAAUAUAAACACAUGUGACAUCUACUUCUAGAUACAAACAUUGCACCUGGAUUCGUGUUAAGGUGUGGAAGAAUAAUUCAUGAGGCUGAAAGUGAGUUCUCCAGGCCGAAAGUGACGGGAGAACUGUCAUUUUCGGCCUGCUUUAAAGUAAACAAAAGUAAGGAUACAUUUUCAAACCUUCAUAAUACCAGUAAGAAAAGUGAAAAUUACAUAUAUAUAUGGUUCAAAAUAAUAGUUAUUUAUGCAACAAGUGUGUAAAGUGGAUUACAUAUGAAAUGAAAUUUUACGUCUUCUGAAUAGUGCGUAAAGUGAGUACUUUACGCACGGUAGUAGAAAAAAUAUUUUUCUAGUUUUCGUUCUUUGUACUACACGCGUGAUUGCAUUCUCUCAGGGUCACUUCUAAUAUUACUUUGAUUGAGCCAAUCCUGCCCAAUUCCCCAUUUCUCAGUUUGUCGUUUCGGCUUCUAUUUAUCUAACCUGAACCUAAUUGAUAAAUUCUUAAUGGAUUAAACAACAAAAUAAACAAGGCAGAUUUUUAUGUGUGAUUUCUGGAAUAUUUACACCACGCAAGCACAACCUCUGAGGUUCUGUUCCAGAAUAAUAAAAAAACAUUUUGAGAAAUACUGUUAGAUAUGGCGAUCACUUCAAAUAUCUCUAAUAAAAAUACACAAAGCUUCAAAGUCUUUUCAAAACAAAGACUGAAUGGAUUCUCAAGCAUUGGGUCUCCUGGUUAUCAAGUUUUUAUUUUUGCAUGAAGAAAAUUUUAUUAUUUUUAUUUAUUAAAAGAUGUUCAGUUAGGCUAUUAUGGAAAUUGAAUGGUCCUAAGCUAUCGAAAGGCAAUUAAGUGGACAUAGCAAUAAGGACAAUAAAUAAAUUUGUUUUAAAUAGACUGUAUUGUAUCAAUACUUAAUGAAUGGGUAACAAUAUUAUGUUGUUGAUGACAGUCGGAUAUUGUAAGUUUUAGUUUUGAUGUCUUAAUUUUCACAAAAUAUAUUUCAGUUCAUUACAGUGGCGGCUCGUGACAAUCCAAACUGGUGAGGCCCAUGGCCCAUCAAGUUAACCCAAACAAACCCAAAGAAAAUUUUCAAGUGUUACGCCCAAAUUUUGACCCAAAAUUUCAUCAAAAGAACAUCUCGGAUAUUUUUUUUUGUAUAUUUCUAAUGAAAAUUUUCAUUUCUUACAGUUACAAAACAACAGCAGUAGCUACCUAAUUCUUAUUUUAAUACAAAUAUUGAGUUUCAAAUUAACAAAAUAAAUUCCAAAAAACAGUUUUUUAACCCGCAACAGACCAAAAUAAAAAAUAUGAGCCAAUUAACCAAUUAAAUACUUGUCGCAGCAGCAAGCGAUGCAAGGUUUCUUAUUAACAAGCCCAAAAUUGUGCGCCUCAAUGCCUAUAAAAAUUCGCUAUCGUCUCACCUACAGUUGAAGCGUUGUGGUGGGGAGUGCCGUGGCAUCGCUUCGGCGUUCUGUGACGCACAUGAGGCCAAAAUUUUUGGGAUUGCUAUUUUAUUUUAAUGCUGUCCGGCAACGAUUUGAGCGCCUAUAAGGAUAAAUAGGUAGAAGCGCGCGCUAGAUUCAAGAAAUAGUAUUAUAUUUUAAUGAAAAUUCGAUGUUUUGAUUCUUUUAAUGAUUGAAAAUAGUUGAAAAACGUUAAAUAUUUAAUAAAAAUUUUACUUUAUUAUUGUAAUUUUUACAUGUGAGGCCCGGCCUCAGUUGCUUUAUACGACGAGCCGCCACUGGUUCAUUAUGUUUUACACCACUGACACUGUUGUCGAUAAAAAUAGAUAUUUAUUUUAUUAGGAUUAUAAGUUAUACUUUAUGUGACGGAGUAUCGGAGUUUAAAUGCUGAGCGCAGCAAGGCGAAUUUUAUCCAUAAAAGUAACUUAUACUUCGAAUGAAAUACAAUAUUUUGGCUAUGGUCCGAAUAUAACCAAACAUUAACCAAAGUAACCGAAUCGGUUGACAGAUGGUUACUGAUAAUUCCGGUUACUUGGGGAACGCGAAUAUGAAAUAAAAAAUAAUUGACAGAAAUUACAGAUAAGCCCAAGAGAACCGACAUCCGGUAGCCGGUAACUAUUUUGAUAUUUGGUUAACCAGAUUUCAGGAAACCAAAGUCCAAAAGUAACCAUUUUUCCAGGAACCAGAAUAAUUUGAUUACUUCUGGACCGCGAAACCACAACCCUGGUUGUAUUCGGACCACAGCCUUUAUUUUCAAACGAUUUAUAUCUAAGUCGAAAAAUUUGUGAAUAUUGGCGCUAACAUAGUAAUGGUUAUGUUGAAAGACCGUCAUAUAAAACCUAUGCUGAUGAAGGUGACAAUAUAUUUUGUUGCAACAUCUUCUUGGAGGUAAACUACGGUUAAGUUAAGCUUGAGCACCGUAAGUGUUAUACUCUGCCGGAUUAUAAGAUUAGAGUUUUCUCACUUGCACAGCAUCAAACUUCACUGCACCGCACCGCAGCUUGCUUUAACCUGACCAAUUUUCUUUUAUAUAUAAUGGAUAACUUCUCUGUCAUUAUACACCGUUUGAAAAGCAACAUGUUUAACUUUCGAGGCAGCACUUUGCGGUACAAUGAAGUGCAAUGUAGUUAUGAUGCAGCAUAAGCGAGAAUACUCCUUUAUACAUCACUUAAAGUAAUUUAUUUUCUACUUAACUAUUAUACAUCCAUAAUACCUAGGAAACGAAAUACGUUAACAUACCUAUAACAACCUGAGGGCAUUAUAAGCCCAGCGGGCGUUAUGAUCCAUAACGCCCGCUUAUAAUACCGUGAGGUGUUUUUGUUGUUGUUUUAUCAAUUUGCACUUUACCCUAAGCAGCCACUAAAUGUCCCACCGAAAAUAAUUUUUGGUCUGGCCAGGAUUCGAACUCGGUCCACCAUCAACGUUUCCCAUGUAGUCGAGUGCGUUAACCCACACGACCACUGUUGCCUUGCCUUAUGAGAUGUUUAUAGUUAUAUUAAUUUAUUUCGUUUCUAGGUACAGAUACCAGGUAUAUGUCAAAAUAGAAAACAAUAUUCUGUCACACAAAUUUAACUGAUUUUGUUUGAUACUAAAUUGAUGAAAGAACAUUGUGUUGAAUAGAAAAUAAAGCAUUGUAUGCACCACGGGAAUUUUUAGGGCCCGAGGGAUAUAUUUCGCCUUCGGGCAUUAUAAUCUACAUAAUACCCUUGGUACAUAAAUAGCUAUUAUUUUCUACUUAACUAUUAUAGAUCCAUAAUACCUAGGAAACGAAAUACGUUAACAUACCUAUAACAACCUGAGGGCAUUAUAAGCCCAGCGGGCGUAAUGAUCCAUAACGCCCGCUUAUAAUACCGUGAGGUGUUUUUGUUGUUGUUUUAAUAAUUUGCACUUCACCCUAAGCAGCCACUACAUGUCCAACCGAAAAUAAUUUUCGGUCUGGCCAGGGGCCUUAUUCUGUAAGGAACGAGCCGUUCGAUUCGGUAGAAUUUCUUCGAUUGUGACGUCAUUUUCAGUUUGUUAGCGCGAGAAGCAAACCGAAAAUGACGUCACAAUCGAAGAAAUUCUACCGAAUCGGAUGGUUAGUUCCUUAGAGAAUAAGGCCCCAGGAUUCGAACUCGGUCCACAAUCAACGUUUCCCAUGUAGUCGAGUGUGUUAACCCACACGACCACCGUUGCCUUGCCUUAUGAGAUGUUUAUACUAUAGAUAUAUUAAAUUGUUUCGUUUCUAGGUACAGGUACAUGCCAAAAUACAAAACAAUAUUCUGUCAAACAAGUUUAACUGAUUUUGUUUGAUACUAAAUUGAUGAAAGAACAUUGUGUUGAGUAGAAAAUAAAGUAUUGUAUGCACUAUGGGGAUUUUUAGAUUAUAAUGCCUCUCAAGCGAAAUAUAUCCCUCCGGCUAGUUUCACCUUCGGGCAUUAUAAUCUACAUAAUCCCCUUGGUACAUGAAUAGCUAUAAUGCAACACUUAUCCCAAUCGACACAUCAAUUACUAUUAUAUGACGUUUGAAAAUAACCACAAUUAUUCAUUCCAUGGAGUCCAGAAAAUUGCUCAUUAUAGUCCGGUAUUUUUUUUUGUUCCAUACUCUGUACUGUAUUGAGCAAUUUACCAGACUCAGCAUUAACUGUCAAUAUGGAAGAAAACUUUGUAUUAGGCACAGGUGGAGGUAUUAUUAAAACACAAUUUAUGAAAUUCUUAAAUCAUAUACAUCUCAACUCUUACUUUAGUAAGUCGCUUCCCGGCCUUGGUAAGGUAAAUUACUAUUAUAUUUAAAUCAUUUAUUGAACAUUUCGUGCCCUGCAGUUUGAAUUAUUAUAUCUAAAUAUCUGUGAUAAAGUAUAGCAUAAUUUAAAAAAUACAUUCAAUAUCGUUGAUUGAGUUAUUAGGAUGGGAAGAUACCCAUGAAAAGUGAAAGGAUCGUUGAACACAUUGACUGUUAAAAGCUAUAGGUUUGUACAUCUAUGCGCAAACUAAGUCCGAACCAUGUAAGAUGGUAUUCGCUUUCAAUGAAGCGACAUAGUGAUUUUUGUCAGAAACUACAAUUAUUUGUACAGACAUUGAGCAUAUUCCCAUACUAAUAACUCAAUCAAUACUAUUCAACCCCAAAAUAUUUCUAAUUUUAAUUGUAUGUACAGGAUAACAAUAAUUAUUAAUUCUUCUGUCACAUUAAAAUGCCAACAAAGUUGCUUCAUGCAACUCUUCCUAUAAUCCUUGUUAACUAAACAUAAUUGUAUUGUACAAGCUAAUUAAUCAACAAUGUGAGGGCGUAGCUGUAUCAAGACUGUCCUUGUUUUUUUUUUUAGUGAAGUAGCAGAUAGACUAUAGUUAAAGUAAUAUGUAUUGGUAAUAAUUAUUUUUAAUUGAAGGAGUAUGACUCUGUUGUUAUUUUUUACAAGUGUAAAAAGUUUAAUUUUAUGUAGAAAGUGUGCAAUGUUUUUGUAUUAUAAAUACAAUUAUCUAAAAAAUAG